AGCCGUUUGUCUCCCGAAGCGUUUCAGUCAUCGCCGUGCGGAUGCGACGACAGCGCCUGCGUCGAGCGCCAUGCCGGCCAUCCUCUCGAAGUGCGACAAGUGCGGCAGGGACAUCCAGGAGGGCGAGCGCCACAUCCAGGUGUACAAGGCGACGCAGGCGCGCGGUGCUGUCUACAGGCAUUCCGAGUGCAACAACUUCCAGUCGCGUUGCCAGGCCGUGCUCCGUCAGAACGAGAAGCUCCGCGCGAGGUGGGCGGCUCAGGGUCCUGCCGCGAGGCAGGAGUUCUUCCAGCAGCACGGCGCCCUCUACGGCGAGGAGCUCGCCGUGACACUGUGUGAGAGCCUCGAAAUCGAGUCGGAGAAGUUGUCCAAGCAGGGCGUCAAGGGAGAGGGGCAGUGGUUGGACGAGACGACGAUCCGAGACACCUUCAAGAAUCGCCCCCAGCAGGCGGAGGCAAUCCUGAGGAACGCGGACACGUUCUACCACGAGACUCGUGAAGUCACCUUGUACCAGGUCUUCGAGUACGUCAGCGUCCAGGAGGACAUGGAGACCGACAGGGAGGUGCGCAAGAGGAAAACUGAGUCCGAGGUCACCCAGCGGCCGAAGGCGAAGGCGAAGGGGAAAGCCAAGGUGACGGCGAAGGCGGCGGCAGAGGCUACAGGCGAGCCCGCAGACAAGGGCAAAAAGCCGCAAGCCCCGGCCCAGGAGCCGCUCUCGGAGACGGAUAAGAAGAAACUCGAAGCUCUCGUGGCCAAGACCGAUGCUGCCCUGCUGUCUAUCGCGGGGGCGUUGGUCACUGCCGGGGCGCCCGAGAUGGCGGGGGCCGUCCCGGCGAUGCUACUGAAAGUCGUGGAGACAUCGCGGGACACCCUGACGGUGAAGAAGCGGGAGCUCGACGGGGCGCUGCAGGCCGGCACGGCCGUGAAAGGUUUCGUGACCCAGACCGCCAAAGAGAUGAAGGAGACUUUCCAAGUGGCAACGGACGUCGUCGGGCGCGUCAACGACUCCGCGGAGUUCGCCCAGGCAUUCCUCGAAGCCCCCGCGCCUUCCACAGCGGCCACCACCGUGGCGGGGGAGCCGGUGGAGGCAACGGCGGUAGACCCCUUGGACUAGGCAUUGGCAGCCCUGUUUGCCCGCGCUGUCAUUUUUUGGCAGUAACAUGGGGGGGGAGAAGGAGGAGGAGGGCGGCAUGGGAGGCAGGAUAUGUAGCAUGCCUUCUCCAUCCUUUCGCACAGGAGCUGCGCAGCGCCUGGCGCGUGCCCAGAGGCAUGUAUAGUUUGGCCACUGCGGCACGACCUCCAGUUUGUACAGUUGCAGCCCACUGAGCUCGCCACGAACGUGCGGCCUUGAG